AUGUCUCAUGUUGCCGUUCAAACAUGCUGCGCGUUUAUUGCGCCUCCACUACACGCAGCAAGCGCCCGAGAAUAUCUGUUUGAGAUGACCUCGUUCCCCGUUGCCUGGACACGACCCCAGACGGAGGUGAUCUAUGUGGCUGUCGAUGAGCCAAUUCUGAAGCGCACUGGUCGUACCGAGGCUGAACCGUCUGUGGAGUCCUCAAAUCCCACCCUUGCCACUUCGAGUGGCCGUCAACGUCCUAAAAAGGCCACAGGCCUAGCCGAACAACAGCAUCAGACCGCAAUCGACGAACAACUCAAGAAGGAGGAAGAGACCCUACGUCAGAAGAUCAAAGUAGUAACGAACAAGGUGGAAAAGAGGCACAGCAAAUCGUUCAAACUCCGAGAGCGGCGACGGCAUAUCUGGGAGACUAUUGAGGAUUAUGACAGCUCGGUUAUUGUUAACCAGAGACACAUCGUCGGACUGAAUGGCGGAGAUCGAGAACACUCCCUCAAGCGUCUAGAGCGCGUCGAUCGAAAGCUGCACGAGACGAAUGACGAGGUAGAACGGAUUCAGAACGCUCUUGAUCUGAAUCGUGAAAAAGUGGAUGGAUUGGUACAUGACCAUGCUGAUCUGCUUGUGCAGCUUGCACGAGUCGAAACGAUUCGCCGUGAUCGUGUUGUCCCUCACCGAAAUCUGUGA